AUGGAAAUUCAGACCUCCAGCCCAGAGAGGCUUCAGCGGCGGCUUCCCGGGAGCAACAAGAUUCAGCGGGAAAGCCGCAACGAGCAGCGCUACUUUAUGCAGCAAGAUGAUGACAUACUUCACUUACUGGAUGAAAGAUCUGACAAAAUCAAAAAUCCAAAUAGUAUCCAGGGCGGGAAAUGGCAGCUUGGCUUCCAAGCCAUGUCCUUUGACCUCUAUGCCAAAUAUGGUAACAACCGCACCCUGAGCCUUGUGAGUCCCAAGAAGCCAUACUACCAGUGGAGACUUCGUGUGCCCUCGGGUCACGUGGUUCGACUGGUUGUCCUCACCCUUCAUGGCGCCACACCAGGAAGCUGCACCACUCACAAGCUCUCUGCAUAUGACUUCUUACUUCCUUUACAGAACAAGAUAAUCGCCAGGUGGUGUGGGCUGCCUAUUUCGGGCUCAUCUCCGGUUAUGAAGCUGACAUCCUCUGGGAAUGUGAUGCUAGUCACGUUCUCUUUCAGCAGACAGAGGGAUGGAGCCAUCUUUAAAGCUUACUUCCAGGCCAUCCCAAAAGCAGGUUGUGGAGGGUCAAUUUCCUCCUGGAAUGGCUCUAUUUCCUCACCCUACUACCCUUCCUAUUAUCCUCCCAAUAUAGACUGCAUAUGGACACUGAGGGUGCCAUUACCAGGAUACCUGAUCUCCAUAACUAUCGUGACAAUGGACAUUCAGGAUUCUCUAUCAUCAGACGGCUGUGAGAAGGACUGGCUGGACAUCGGAGGAGUGAAAUUGUGCAAUCCAGUGUCAAACAGCGGCAAAAAGCGAGUCUACUCCUCUCCUCUCACCCUCCACUUCCACUCUGAUGAAUCUCUCACCAACAAGGGCUUCUACUUGCUAUACCGAGCCUUCGCCCCAGAGGGCACGUGCCCUCGCCAGUUUCGCUGUGGAGAUAGUCGCUGUAUCCCUCUGAAGAAGGUGUGCGAUGGAGUAAAGGACUGCUCAGACGGACGGGACGAGGCUAAAUGCUCAUCCUGCAAGCCUGGGGAACUGUUGUGUGGGAACAACCAGUGCAAACCUCAAAGCCAGUGUGUCAGUCAGAGCAUUUGUGCGGACAGCAGUGAGGAGGGCAGCUGUGGAGGUAAAUGUUACCACGUCUGUCCCAACAAGGUGUGUUUGUCUAAGUCGUCUGUGUGUGAUGGUGUCAUUGACUGCAAAGACCGCAGCGAUGAGCUCAACUGCACCAGAGCAUAUGUUAAAGGCUGCUCCUCAUCCUCCUACAAAUGUGCCAAUGGGAAGUGUGUCAGUAAGGUCAACCCGGAGUGUGACGGCGUUAAAGACUGCUACGAUGGCUCUGAUGAGCUGCGCUGUGGCUGUGGAACCAGGCCCAAAAAACGCACCAAGAUAGUGGGAGGGAGUGACGCCGUAGCUGGGUCAUGGCCAUGGCAGGUCAGCCUCCAGAUGGAUCGCUACGGGCAUGUCUGUGGAGCCACGCUGGUCUCAAACCGCUGGCUUAUCUCUGCUGCUCAUUGUUUCCAGGACUCUGAUGCCAUUAAAUACUCAGAUGCACAUGCGUGGCGUGCAUACAUGGGAAUGCGUGUGAUGACCACAGGAAACCAAGGAGCAGCCACCAGACCGAUCCGCCGCAUCCUCCUCCACCCACAGUAUGACCAGUUCACGUCUGAUUAUGACAUCGCCCUCCUCGAGCUCAGCGCACCUGUUUUUUUCAGUGACUUGGUGCAGCCUGUGUGCGUCCCCGCCUCCUCUCACACUUUCACCACAGGGACCAGCUGCUAUGUCACAGGUUGGGGAGUUCUUAUGGAGGAUGGUGAAUUAGCCUCUCGCCUACAAGAGGCCUCGGUGAAGAUCAUAAAUAGAAGCACCUGCAACAAGUUGUAUGAUGACGCCGUCACUCCCAGGAUGCUUUGUGCUGGGAAUCUGCAGGGAGGUGUGGAUGCAUGUCAAGGUGACUCUGGGGGUCCAUUAGUGUGUCUGGAGCGAGGCAGGCGGUGGUUCCUGGCGGGAAUCGUGAGCUGGGGCGAGGGCUGUGCCAGGCAGAACCGCCCCGGCGUCUACACACAGGUGGUCAAAUUCACCGACUGGAUUCGUCAGCAGACCAAGGGACAGGUCUGACCAAUCAAACGUCUUACUCACGUGAACUACACGACAGAGCUAAUGCA